AUGCGGUACUGGUUGUUAGAAGAAUGUUUGCCUAAAAGCACUGUCAAAAUAAAACUGCUCAGCUGGAACUUUGGAAAAACGUUAGCGCUCAUCUCUAGAGUAUUUUGGAAAGCAAAAGAUUGGAAAAUGAGAAUAGCAACAUUUGAUUCAGAUGGGAACAUUACAGUUUCAAAGAAAAAAAAAUAUUUUAGAAAGAACAAGAAGAAGAAGAAGAAGAAGAGACCAUUGGGAAACAUUGAAGACCAUAAGGAGUCACAGGCCUCUAAGCAAGAUGCCAUGUUCCCAUGUUCUAUAUGCAAGAACGAAAUUGCCAUUCCUGAUUUUUUCAUCCAUAAGAAACAACAUAAAGCUUUGACCGCAUUGGGUUUUCACUGGAUGGGUGGCAAGAAACCAGAGAGAUCAGAGAUCAUUUCUCAUAGACAGUUUUUAAUUACUAAACUAUUGUCAUAUUCUCCUUUUAAGUUCAGUGAAAAAGACCUACAGACCAUUAAUAAUGCAUUUGAGCUACUUUGGAAGAGAAAAGUACCAACAUACUAUAAGAUUGUGGAUAAUGUUGACACGAAUUCCGUAUAUCCUCAAAACAUUAGCAAUCUAUUAAUUAAAGGGUUAGCCAUUUGUGAAGACAGGAAUUCUGCAUGGAGAACUACCAUGGAUGAUAAAUUCACCAUAGUGAAUAAUUUUGGCAAUAAACCCAAUGUGUGCUUUUUUGGUUUAUUUGAUGGCCAUCAUGGAGCCUCAGCAGCAGAUUUGGCAUCAGUGGAACUCCCGGUUUUACUUCUCCAUCAAAUUUCCAGAUUUGAUCCCUCCUACCAAAUGACCCCUGAAGAGCAACAAGUAAUUGAUUCUUUUCACACAGUGUUUAAGGAAGAAUACAAAAAGAUAGAAGAUCACUUCUCUUUCAAGUCAGAAAAGUCAAAAGCAUUGCACUGUAAGUAUGAGGACAUACACAAAGCCUUUGCAAAAGCAUUUUGGAGAAUGGAUAGGCUUUUACGUCUUGGAAGGAAAGAAGUGUCCAGAGUUCAAUGGAGUGGCUGUUCAGCGGUUACUUGCAUAUUGGAAGGCAGUGUUAAAACUCCCUAUGCUGAUAGCCAUUGGAGAAGAAAACAUGAACAUGGUGGAUUUACAGAGAGUGUCUCUUUUGGAAACAUUCCACAAAUAAUUUCUGGAGUAUUACAUGUUGCAAACACCGGUAAUGUGCAAGCAAUCUUAUGCAGGAAUGGGAAAGGCUUUUGCCUAACCAAAGAACAUACUAUGCAAAAUGUGCUAGAAAGAAGAAGAGUACUUCUUAGUGGAGCAAUAAUUGAUUCUAAUGAACCAAACAGGAUCCUGGAAAGGCAAAUAAAAACCACACGAGGACUUGGAUUUCACGGAAAUCUCAAACUGAAAAAACUCAUGAUUCCAGCACCUCAAACUAUUUCAGUUCCUAUAGAUGACUUAUGUCAAUUCAUUAUUCUAGCUACUAAUGGACUUUGGGAAGUUCUGGAUAAAAAAGAAGUUGUCACAUUGGCAAUGACAAUGUUUCGUAUAUAUAAAGAAAAUUACUGCAAAAUCAGCGAACCAGAAAGUAGUAUCCAUGUAUUAUAUCAGUAUAAAUCUUUUUCUAAAGAAUGUUUAUCAGCUAGAAAGUCAAAAGUAAUUUUACCUGACUCAAAGUAUUCUGAAGAUUCCACUUGUAAUCUUAAAAAUUUUAAAGAAUUUCUACCAAAACAGACUAAUCACGAACUUUUCAGUGGGGAAAAAACUGAUGGUGUGCCAACAGAUUCAAAGGAGAACCAAAGAGAGCUAUGCAUUAAUAGUUUCUAUGAAGGUGCAGCUAAGUAUCUUAGCCAGGAACUUGUAAAAGCUGCCUUAGCAGCUGGCUCCAGAGACAACAUUACAGUUAUGGUAAUCCUUCUCAAUGGUACUGAAUAG